AUGUGGAUGACGCCCAAAAGAAGCAAGAUGGAAGUCGACGAGGCUCUAGUUUUCCGGCCGGAGUGGACCCAGCGUUACUUGGUUGUGGAGCCCCCGGAGGGCAACGGGGCCCUGUGCCUCGUCUGUCGCCGCCUCAUCGUAGCUACCCGCGAACGCGACGUGAGGCGCCACUACGAGGCUGAGCACGAAUACUACGAGCGGUAUGUGGCGGACGGCGAGCGCGCGGCCCUGGUGGAGCGUCUGCGUCAGGGCGAAUUGCCCGUGGCCUCGCUCACUCCUGAAGAGAGAGCUGCUCGUGCAGGCCUCGGGCUCUGCCGCCUCUUGGCCUUGAAGGGUCGCGGCUGGGGUGAGGGGGACUUUGUCUACCAGUGCAUGGAGGUGUUGCUGCGAGAGGUCCUGCCCGAGCACGUCAGCGUCCUGCAAGGCGUUGACUUGUCUCCAGACAGCGCCAGGCAGAGGCUCCUGAGCAUUGACAGGAAUCUACGCAGUCAGCUUUUUAACCGAGCCAGGGACUUCAAAGCCUAUUCUCUUGCCUUGGACGACCAGGCUUUCGUGGCCUACGAGAACUACCUCCUGGUCUUCAUCCGCGGUGUGGGCGCUGAGCUGGAGGUGCAGGAAGACCUGCUGACCAUCAUCAACCUGACUCAUCAUUUCAGCGUCGGCGCGCUCAUGUCGGCCAUCCUGGAGGCCCUGCAGACGGCGGGGCUUAGCUUGCAGAGGAUGGUCGGACUCACCACGACCCAUACUUUGAGGAUGAUUGGGGAGAACUCGGGGCUCGUCUCUUACAUGAGAGAAAAGGCCGUCAGCCCCAACUGUUGGAAUGUGAUUCACUAUUCAGGAUUUCUUCACUUGGAACUCUUGAGCUCCUACGAUGUAGACGUGAAUCAGAUCAUAAAUACCAUAUCCGAAUGGAUAGUUUUGAUUAAGACCAGAGGUGUCAGGCGACCUGAAUUUCAGACUUUACUAACUGAGUCUGAAUCAGAGCAUGGCGAAAGGGUUAACGGACGAUGCCUGAACAAUUGGCUUAGGAGAGGGAAAACGCUGAAACUAAUAUUCUCUCUAAGAAAAGAGAUGGAAGCGUUCUUGGUUUCAGUAGGGGCAACCACAGUCCACUUCUCAGACAAACAGUGGCUUUGUGACUUUGGCUUCUUGGUAGACAUUAUGGAACACCUUCGAGUACUCAGUGAAGAAUUACGAGUUAGUAAGGUCUUUGCUGCUUCCGCCUUUGACCAUAUUUGUACUUUCGAAGUUAAGCUGAAUUUAUUUCAAAGGCAUAUUGAGGAAAAAAAUCUAACGGACUUUCCUGCCCUCAAAGAAGUUGUUGAUGAGCUCAAACAGCAAAAUAAGGAAGAUCAAAAAAUAUUUGAUCCUGAUAGGUAUCAAAUGGUGAUCUGUCGUCUACAAAAAGAAUUUGAGAGACAUUUUAAGGACCUCCGGUUCAUUAAAAAGGACUUAGAACUGUUUUCAAAUCCAUUUAACUUUAAACCUGAAUAUGCACCUAUUUCAGUGAGGGUGGAGCUAACAAAACUUCAGGCAAACACUAAUCUUUGGAAUGAAUACAGAAUCAAAGACUUGGGGCAGUUUUAUGCUGGAUUGUCUGCUGAAUCUUACCCAAUUAUCAAAGGGGUUGCCUGUAAGGUGGCAUCCUUGUUUGAUAGUAACCAAAUCUGCGAAAAGGCUUUUUCAUAUUUGACUCGAAACCAACACACUUUGAGUCAGCCAUUGACAGAUGAGCAUCUCCAAGCCCUGUUUCGGGUUGCCACAACUGAAAUGGAGCCCAGUUGGGAUGAUCUUGUGAGAGAAAGGAAUGAAUCGAAUCCGUAAGGCUUUGUAGUACAAGAUUGAGAAACUCAACAGUACUUUAAUUCUAAAAGCAAAAAUUGGUUUGAGUUUUCAAGUUUGCUAAUUUGGAUUGUGAGAAAGCACCGCGUACCAGCCGUCCAAACUGAUCACAAUUCAAAUUCUGACAGUUGCCUUUUUUUUCAUCUCAAAUGGCACCAUGGGACUGAAACAUGAAAAUGCCACCUUUUUUAAAACUUAGGUUAAUGACAAAAUCAUUGUCUUUUAUGAUAGUUAAUUUUAAAGAGAUUUAGUAUUAAUUAUGUGAGUUGAAUUUGCAGUCUGUUUUUUAGGUGUUCUGAAGGUAUAUGCCAAAAAUUUCAGCUCUUAUUUUAAUGGAGUGUUAAAAUUCUGAUUCAUAUAAUCUUAAAUUAUCAACUCCUUAAAUGUGCUUUUGAACCAAUUUGCAGAAACUCAAAUAGCAAGUUCAUAAAUUUCCAAAAAGGAAGACCAUACAUACAGUGGCGGUGUUUUGUCUAACCAUCAAAAUGUUUGAGACUUUUUUUUUAAACAUUUCUGAGUCUGAAGGUAAUAUUGACAGAUUUCUUUCCUCUUCCCUCCCAAUCACCCACCUCAGUGAUAACUGGCAUAACUGAUAGAAGGAGUAAUUAGAAUCAUUUUUAAGUUGCUGAUAUAGGAGACUUCCUGCAGUUUGGAGAUAAGACUAAUUAUUGGGGGUUUUCCUUGAAUUUUUUUUAUAACGGGGGGCUAUUUUAUCCGCUUGCCUAUUAAAGGACUAUGGUAAGUAUAGAAUCUUAACGGUUACCAGGUAGUAAUUUUUUUUUAACCGUAAACGGAAGUUUGGCCCUAACAAAAAGGAUGAGGAGAAAAGAUGUUUGCACUCCAAGAUUAGGAGAUGUGAGAUACUUUAGCUUUUUUGUCUUAUCUGCAUGGGUGUUAUUGCUUUAUUUUUUUAAAUCCUGCUUAAAAGAAACACUUUGUUUUAAAAUGAUACAGUAUCAGAUUUUGUUAGAUGCUAGAAAUGGAUUUAUUCUAGAAUUUGCAACUGUCUUACACAUUCUGUACUUAAGACAGCACACAAGUAGAAGUAUUUAAAAGCAGUCUUAUUCACAGAUUGCAGUAAUUCUGUAUUUCUAGUAAGAUACCUGCUUUGUGCCAAAACAGUGAUUUCCAAACUUGUUAACCAUGAAAAGGCAAUAUUAAGUUUACUAUGUAAAACAAAUUGUAAACAGGAUCCAAUUUAUAUUUAUAGAUCCUCUCAAGUAUUAUGCAGUUUAAAAACUCUUGUUCCAAAGUCCUGUCUUAACUAUUGAAACACCUUAAUCUGUGGUUACUAAUGCAGCAAAUUCAAGGAACCGGGCUACAACUAAGAAUCUGGAUGGAGUUGUUGUCUGGGCAAUCAAAAUAAAUUCCAUAAGGGCCUAAAAACGAAAGUUGUGCCAGUGGCUUUCAACCAGACGUGGUAACCUGUCCUUCCAGAGGAUGCUGAGAAAUGUGUAGGGGCACUUUUUUGGUUGUUAUAUUUAGGAGCUUCUGUUGGCAUUUAAGCCUAGAGACCUUCACCCCCUGCAGUGCAUGGGACAGCCUGGCACAAUGAAGAAUUAUCCCUCCCAAAAUGUAGAUUAUUUUAUUUCAAGGGACAGGGUAGAUAAGUGGUCGAAGCAAAAUUAAAAGCGCAAGUUGGGCAAACUGACAAUACUAGAUAGGAGAGACUAAUUCUAACCUUCCACAUUUGGCUGGUAAAGUGCAAUAAAGGCAUUGAUAAAGGCCUGUUAGCUCACAAUAUUCCUUGUAAAUCAGGAAUUAAUAUUGAAUCCGAUUUAAGGGCUCUGUCUUGUUAAACAUAUUUAAGACAAAAAGUUAUAUGUUGAUUAGGUACUUAUCAAGAAUGGUCAAGUUGAGAUUUUGGUUAACAGAGUAAGCUUACAUAUCUGGAAAAACAACAGUGGGAAACAAAAAAACAGCCACAUCCACCAGUAUUUUCCCAAUAGCUUUGAAUAUUCACAGCAGAGCUUUAUUACUUGAGAGAAAGAUUGGAAGACCUGAAAGCCACUUCUGCUUUCUAACCCCAGUUCCUUAAAUAUGGAAAUCUUGUAUAUUUGUGAAGUUCCAGUAUGUUUUGCUUAAGGUGUUAAUAAAAUUAGUUUGUAUUAUAUAGUCAUUGAGGGGGAGAUAUAAGCCAAGGAUUUUCAAUUGACCCUAGCUAUAGAGAAUUUGCUAUAAACUAGUCUUGUUUGUUUAAAAAAAAAAAAAAAAAAGUGUAUUUUACUGUUUUCUGUAAUAAGUAAUUCUGUAACUGCAUGGCAGUCUUUUUUUUUUCUAAUAUAUAUAUAUAUAUAUAAAUAUAGUUGUUACUGGUCCUCUUGUAACGGUGAAUAUAGUUAAAAUGAGUACCUUUUAAAAGAACUCUUAUGUCUUUACCAGUUACUGCCCUGCCCUAUAGCUCGUUCCUACUAGUUUUCUUGACAGAUUUGUAUUCCCAGUCUCCUGUAUUGCCACUCAAAUUGCUCUACUAAGCUCACUAAGUCCUUGUUAAUAGUCUUGCCCUCCUUGAAACACUUGAUGACUUUAGCUUUGAGGAGAUUCGUCUCUGGGUAUGCUCUCUUAGUCUUUGUAGGCAUCUCUUUCCUUAAAUAUCUGGGUUUUGUAUGUUUAAAAACCGUUGUUUCAGACUGCCUUAUUCUAUGUCAUCUUGCUAGCUGAUCUCAUUUCUUUCCAUGGCUUCAUUACCACCUAUAUGCAAAUAACUUUCAGAUUCAUAUCUCCUUUCUAGACCUUUCUUAAUUCGUACGUCUAAUUGCUAACAAAUCCUCUUUGCUGUUUCAGGCACUACGUAUCAUUGAUUUUGCCCCCAAUCCUGCUCUUCCUCUCAUGUCAAAUGGCAUUACCACUACCAGCCAUUCCUUUGUUUGUCCUUACCCAAGCCAAAAACUGAUUUGUGCAUGACUUUACCCAACUCUCCAAUGCUACCAUUUUAAUUCAGGCCAUCAACCUACCUAAAUUAUAGCAACAGCCUCCUCAUUAGUCUCCCUGUUUUUUAUUUUUAUUCCUUUCGACACUACAACCAAAUUGCUCCAGAAGACUUACUGAUCAUAUCAUUCUACUGCUUACACCAUUGCUCUUAGUAUACAAUACAAAUUUAUCUUCAUCUUUAAGGUCUCAGUAUGCCACUUCAUCUAGGAAACCUUCAUUGAUGCCCUCUAGAUUAGGUGCCCUUACUAUGCAUUCUCUGUAUACCCUGUUCUUUCCUAAACAUACACUUGGCACACUUUAUUGUUAAUGCUUAUUGAUCACUGCUAGACUGUAAGCUUUGUAAGGGCAGGGACCAUAUAAGCCUUGUUCACUGUUAUAUCGCUAGUGCUUAGCACAAUGCCUGGCAUUUCAAUAAAUGUUUGGAUAAAUGAA